AGUGCUCUCCUGAGGGACACCAGCUUCUUCGAAGUCCUUACAGAAGUGUCCAUUUUGACUCAUGGCACCUUCAGCAGUCAGCUGUUCAAGACCUGAUAUGUGACCAUUCCCUCUCUCCUGGAUGGUAUCGAUUUCUCAUCUUUGACAGACCUGCUGAGAUGCCGACCAAAUGCGUUGAGAUGAACCACUGUGGAACUCAGGCCCCCAUCUGGCUGUCUCUGGGAGAUUCAGAAACACUGCCAUCUCCUGGGGAGAUCAAGCAACUGACAGCUUGUGCCACAUGGCAGUUUCUGUUUAGCACUAUGAAAGACUGCUGUCUCUUUCAAAUUCCAGUGUCUGUAAGGAAUUGUGGGACAUUUUUGGUGUACUUACUACGACCUACUCAGGGAUGUAUGGGCUAUUGCGCAGAAGCUGUUUCUGAUGCAAAAGUAUACCCAUGCGGCCCUGAAGAAAUCGAAAUCGGUGGUGCCUGUGUUCGUCAGCUGUCGGCCCCAUUGCCAUCUCCACCUCCUCCAGGAAGGCCAGAGGUUGAGGUGGAGCUGAUGGAGUCCAGGCUUUUCUGUAGGUGUGCUUUCGAUGUUUCAUCUACAAGUAACCCAGUGGGAUUCCUCAUAGCGUGGUCUAGACUUUCUUCUCAAGAAAUCAAAGAGGAGCUGAAACAAGAGACCACAGUUCAGCCAUUCUCUCUCUUAGAGCUCGAUGGCAUAAAUCUCAGACUUGGUGAUAGGAUAUUCUGCAGUGUUUCCAUCUUUUUCUUGGAGAAACCCCAUGUACAAAGUUUAGCAAUCGAAAGCCAAGAAUUUUUUGCAGGCAUUAAGCUGCAACCUGAAUCAAGCACUAUAUCAGAAGAUGGGAAAGAAUACCAGUUGAGGAUAGAAAGCACCAUUCCAAUAAUUUGUUCUGAAUUUAGCGAGCUUGAUCAAGAAUGCAAAAUCUCAUUAACACUGAAAACCGUUGAUCAAGGUAAAGAGCACCUGGGCUUAAAUUUGCGGCUGUCUUCCUGUCACGUAGACCUUCACCAGGCAUCCUCCUGUGCUAAUGGGACCUGCGGGCAUGCUUUUGUGUACUACACCGCUGUUACAGAUUUUUCUCGAGAUGGAGACAGAGUUACAGACAUUGUAGUGCUACCUAUAGUUAAAGAGGAUUUCCUGUGGAACAACUACAUUCCAGACAGCAUCCAGAUUUGUUUUUCUUCUGGCGCAUUUAUCCGUGCUGAUCUUAGUGAAUGGGGCAUGAGUCUAACAGUCAGAGCCCCUGGUUUAGAUUACGGAAACACUCUGGGACUUUGUGGGACCUUUGAUGAAAACCCAGAAAAUGAUUUCCAUGAUAAAAAUGGGAUCAAAAUUGAUCAAAAUUUGAAUAAUCAUGCUUCUUUUAUUAAUGAGUGGAGGAUUUUACCAGGAAAAAGCAUGUUUGACACACUGCCAGUUUCUCUGACAUCUCCUGGAAAACAGUCCUAUUGUAGUUGUUCAUUGGACAGUGCUUCCUUGGAUCCAUCUUGGAAUCAUCUACGCAGUGGUUCUCAAUCAGAAAUUGUUUCAGGUUGCGAAGACCGCAGACAUGUUGGAUUUUCUUCUUUGAUACCAGAAGUAGAUGUCACCUCUGAGUAUAUUAACUCAGACACUUUUGUCAGAGGAAUGAAAGAAACUACAACUCAGGAAGAAAAUAAUUUGAAUUCCUUUCUACAAGAAAGACAGCACGUCAACCUGACCAAACUGAACUUGAAUUCACAAAAACAGCCUGAAAAUGAGAAACAAGACACAAUCAGCUAUUCGGACAAUGAAACACACACACAAGAACAGGGUGGCCACAGCCAGGAAAAAGGAUGGAACCGACAAAGCAGAUGGAAACGACGAAACUUGGAUGAGUUUCUUCCUCCGUUGGUUUUCCAGAGUCUCAGUCAGUUUGACCUGGAAGAGUAUUCUUAUUUUUUCCCCGAGGACCAUGUUGAGGAUGUCCACCAAGAGUUUGUCCCCUCGUGGCCGACACCCUCUGGCCUCACCGAAUACAGCACCUUGACACUGUGUCAGCAGACUCUAGCCAACUCCAGCCUGGGAAGGCUCUGCCUUGGUUUUCUUGGUGGGAGACUAGACAAUGUGAUAGACAUGUGUGUGAAGGAUGUUCUGUUUAAAGACGACCUUAGCUGGGCAGGAGCAGGUGUGGCCCUUUUAGAAAAUGAAUGUGAAAAGAGGAUUUUGGAAGAGGGGAGAUCUAGCAUGGAAGAACACAACAAGUCAAUUGCAGACAUUCUCUCAGUGUUAAAAUGCCCCAAUUUAUGCAGUGGCCGUGGGCAGUGUAUGGAAUGGGGAUGUGCGUGUUUCCCAGGCUUUAGUUCCUAUGACUGCAGUGAUUCUUAUGAUGAGACUCCUGAAAUUACAGAGUUGGAGAAUGCUGGAUUCUGUGAUGUUCGAAAAUAUAAUUGCACGAUGGUGAGAGUUUUUGGUCAAGGCUUCAAAGAAUCACCUUCAAUUAAAUGUGAAGUUACUAAAUUGCAGUAUAACAGCAGUAAGUGGGUACUUGGAGAACCUGUCUACACACAGACUGUUUUUCAAAAUCGGAGAACUGUAGCUUGUCAGCUGCCCACUGAAGUCCAGCAGAUUGUUACAAUGGAUCUGAUGGGUGAGAAUCCAAUUGGGAAGUGGCAAUUAAAGGUAUCUAAUGAUGGUCAUAAAUUCAGUAAUCCCAAAAUAAUGAUCAUAUAUGAUGGUGCUUGUCAAGUUUGUAAUCUCUAUAAAAAUGACUCCUGUACUUUAAAGGAAGACGUCUGCAUUAUUGAUGGACUCUGCCACUUUGAAGGGGAUAAAAAUCCAACAAGCUCUUGUUUGAUUUGUAGACCCCAAAUUUCAAAAUUUACUUGGUCAUUUUUAGAACACAACCAACCCCCAGUGAUUCAGACAUCGCAAGACAAAUUACAGGCUUUUUAUGGGGAAAGAUUUGAGUACCAGUUCAUGGCCCUCGAUCCGGAAGGUUCUGACAUCCAUUUUACGUUAGAUUCGGGUCCCGAAGGAGCAAAUAUUUCCUCUGCAGGACUUUUUAUGUGGAAAACAGAGUCUCAAACUCCCCAGCAAUUCACUAUUCGCCUUAAAGAUGACUGUGGUGCUGAGAUGAGAGUCACGAUUGAGGUGACUGUGAAGUCUUGUGAUUGCUUGAAUGGUGGAUCAUGUGUGUCUGACAUGGAAUUUUCUCCAGGAAGUGGAGCAUACCUGUGUGUUUGUUUGCCUGGCUUCCAGGGCACGCUUUGUGAAGUGGACAUUAGCGAAUGCCAGUCAAAUCCCUGUGGCCUUGGCAAAUGUGUUAGUGGUUUUCAUAGUUAUUCCUGUGAGUGUGCACCUGAGCUCAAAGUUGAAACGCAGUUUUUAAAUGAACUUACUAUACAAACUGUGGAUCUCACAAAACCUGACAAAAGUUUAAUUAAGGAAGAGGAUGACAAAAAUGUCAUAGAAAGAGAGAGUCAUGUUAAGCCAACACCUGAAAAAGCCUUUACCAUUUGUAGACACCCAUGUGGUAAAAGCAGGGAAUGUGUUGCCCCAAACAUAUGCAAAUGCAAACCUGGUUACGUUGGUUCUCAUUGCCAGACUGCUAUAUGUCAGCCUGAUUGCAAAAACCAUGGAAAAUGUAUUAAGCCUAACAUUUGUGAAUGUCUUCCAGGACAUGGUGGUGCAACCUGUGAAGAAGAAAAUUGUAACCCACCUUGUCAACAUGGUGGCACGUGUGUGGCUGGCAGUCUCUGCACUUGUCCUUACGGUUUUGUAGGACCAAGGUGUGAAACAAUGGUCUGUAACAGGCAUUGUGAAAAUGGAGGUGAAUGUCUUACACCAGAUGUUUGCCAGUGCAAGCCUGGCUGGUAUGGACCCAGCUGCAAUACAGCUUUGUGUGACCCCGUUUGCCUCAAUGGUGGUUCCUGUAAUAAGCCAAACAGUUGCCUCUGUCCAAAUGGAUUCUUUGGUGCACAGUGCCAGAUUGCUUUCUGUCACCCUCCCUGUAAGAAUGGUGGCCACUGCAUGAGAAAUAAUGUGUGUGUCUGUCGUGAAGGAUACACUGGCCGGAGAUGCCAAAAAAGCAUCUGUGAUCCCAUGUGCAUGAAUGGAGGAAAAUGUGUGGGACCAAAUAUUUGCUCUUGUCCUUCUGGAUGGAGCGGGAGAAGAUGCAGCACACCUGUCUGCUUUCAGAAAUGUCAAAAUGGUGGUGAAUGCAUUGCUCCUAAUAUAUGCCACUGUCCUUCCGCCUGGGAAGGAGCACAGUGUCAAACACCAAUUUGUCACCAAAAGUGUCUUUAUGGAGGAAGAUGUGUAUUUCCCAAUGUGUGUUCUUGCCGCACUGAAUAUUCUGGAGUCCACUGUGAAAAGAAAAUACAGAAAUCCAGAAACCAAAGGAAGAAGAGAAGCUUUCCUGAUGUUUCUGAGAUUGCCUCACACUUGUAAGAAAGCAGGAUUUAUUGAGAUGCCAGAAAAGCUCCCACAGUGAGAAGGGACCCAAGGGGGAUGUCCGAAGAUAACUCUUGAAGUUUACUUGAACAUCAUUUUAAACACUGAAGAAACUAAUAAAAUGUAUAAUGAUCUCAGCUAUCAUCAUUAAAGAAUAGGAAAGAAGAAGUCCAGGUAAUCUAAAUUUGACUUCGAGAUGUGCCUGGGUAUUUACAUAUUGAGAUAAUGUAUCGUAUUCUAGCCAUUUGCAAUAUAUAAUAAAAUGGAUAUUUUCUCA